CCACUUGGUGUGUUCCAGGGCGUGGUAUUAUCCCGCUUCACAUCCCCCAGGACGCGUCGGGCCUGUGCACGCUGCAGACGGUGGUGGAGUGCGAGUCCGUGCCCGCGCCAGCUGCAGCGCCAGCGGGGCCCUGCCCGCUCACCGCCACCGCUGACCUCCGGAUGCUGCCGCCCGUGCGCGACGUGAUCGUGCGCGCGGACCGCGUGCACGCCGCUCCCGGCGACUCGGUUGGCUUUUGGAUCCUCGCGCUGAGCCACGCCAUGACGCUGCCGUCGGACGUGCUGGCGAGCGUGUCGGUCCGCGACCCGGCCGGCACCAAGGUGGCCGUCUGGGAGGACGUGGCUCUGGACCAGGGCGUGCGCAGCUUCUCGUUCACGCUGUCGCCCGGCGCCGCGCUCGGUCGCUGGCGGCUCGAGGUGGCCGUCGAGGAGUCGUCGUUCGGCGCGGACCUGAACGUGUCGCUCUCCGGCCCGGACGAGUCCUGGAGCUGGGGCUGGGGGUGGUCUCUGGGGCGGCCGGCGGCCCCGCCGCUGCCCCAGCAGCCGACAGGCGCCGCGGCGUCGCCCGAGGUCGCCAUGGCCGAGGAGCACUUCGUGGAGCUGCGCUUCGGCAACGGCAUGCGCCGCGUGUACAAGCCCAACAUGCCCUUCAUCGGCAAGGUGGAGGCCGUGAGCUCGGAGCGGUCGGUGCGCGUGCGCAUCAAGCUCUACGACAACACGACGGCCAUCUACAGCCAGGACGUGGAGAUCAGCAGCGGCGAGGCCACCUUCGUCGUGCCCUCCAUCAUGGCGGACAGCAUGCGCAUCACGAUGCAGGCCGAGCUCGUGUCGGUGGAGGGCAAGGAGAUCGAGUCGCACUACGUCCUCGCGCGUGAGGACAUCUACCGCUGGAACUCGACGUCGCGCUGCUUCCUGCUCGUGGAGGGCGUCGAGAAGACGAUGGAGGUCGGCGAGGAGGCGCGCGUGCGCGUGCUGUCCACGUGCCCGUGCCGCGCCGACCUGCACUACGUGGUGACGACGCAGGGCCACGUCACCUUCUGGAGCGACCGCCAGGGCAGCACCGUCGAGACGACGGACGCGGGUGGUGCCGUCUGCCAGACCAACAUCUCGUUCACCGUGGACGCCACCAUGGCGCCCGUGAGCCGGCUGCUGGUGUACUACGUGACGGCCGGUGGCGAACCCGUCAGCGAUGUGACGACCUUCGACGUCCGACUCCUGGACAAGCGGAUGUCCAUCAGCUUCGAGCAGAAAUCAUCCUGGUCGCCGGGUGAAGCUAUGGACGUGGAGGUCCUUGCCGAGGAGAACGCCCUCAUCUGCCUGGUGGGCGGUAGAGUGCCGAACAAGAGCCCCAGUGCGGUGGUGACCGCGAGCAGGCCCAGCAGCCGGGCCGUGGACUUCCUGGACGCGGGGCUGAGCCUGUACGAGCGGCAGUGCGUGACGCAGGGUCGGGGCGGCGCCGAGCUGCGCUUCCACCAGGCGCGCUCGCAGCCCCAGGGCCAGGACGCGCUCAGCGGGCUGCGGCGGCUGCAGCUGGACCAGCUGUGGCUAUGGCGCUGCCUCAACUACAGCAGCCGCGUGGCCUCUGAGGGCGUGACGCUGACCGUGCCGGAGGGCGCGGGCCAGUGGACGCUGUGGGGGCUGUCGCUGUCCCCCACCGCCGGCCUGCGCUUCAGCGACGCCACCACCUUCACCGUGUUCCGCCCGCUCGGCGUGGACUUCCGCCUGCCGCGCUCCCUGCGCGUCGGCGAGGUGCUCGAGGUCGGCGUCAAGAUCGCCAACAACCUCAACUCGUGCGUCGAUGUCUCUGCGCUGCUGUCUCUGAGGGACGGCGCGCACUUCCAGAGCAGCGGCCUGGGCUUCGUGUCCGAGCGCCUCCGCCUCGGGCCCCACGGAGCCACGUCGCUGGUCGUCCGCGUGCAGGCCACGGCACAGUCCAGCAACAACCUGACGGCCGAGGUGGUGGCUCACGCGGCCAGCAGCUGCCAGGCGCCCGCCGUGUACGGCCCCGAGUCGGACGCGACGGCCAAGGUGGUGCGCUCCGCGCCUUUCCGCGUGCAGCCGGAGGGCCUGACCCGCCUGCACACCGAGAGCGCCUACUUCUGCGCCAACGAGCGCGUCAUGAUCUCCACGACGGACAACUUCCGGUUCGACUUCGUGGCCGCUCCCCGCAACCGCGAGGCCAUCGUCCUGGAGGUGCGCGCCGGCCAGGGGGCGCGGGUCGCGCUCUCGGACCAGGCGGCGCCCACCGACUGGAUGUACCAGGUCGUCAUCGGGGAUGCCGACAACACCAUCUCUUGGAUCGGCAGGGGCAAGCACGAGUACUCGGUGCAUUUGUCAUCGGCAAAGACGCCCAACAUCCUGUCGUCCGUCAAGGGCCGCACGUUCUGGGUGUCGUGGGAGCAGAACACGGUCCGCUUCGGUCGCGGCGCCAUCGUGGGCAAGGACAUCCUCCUCAAGUGGCGCCUCAUCAAGAAGAUGAAGGUCAACUUCGUGGGCUUCGCUUCGAGUUGGGGCCAGACCGCCGACUUCAGGGUGUGGAACUUCAACGACGAGGCGGGCUACUCCCAGGUGCUGCACCUCGACGUGCCGCGCUCGGUCGUGCCCGGCUCGGAGCGCGGCACGCUGCUCGUGGCGGGCGGCAUGGCGCUGCCGGGGGCGGGCGUCGGGGCGGGGCACUCCAGGGCGGGCGGCCCGCAGCUGCAGCACACCGAGCAGCAGCAGCAGCAGCAGCAGCAGCAGCAGCAGCAGCAGCAGCAGGACUCGGACAUCGGGCUGCAGCAGCCACUGCCUGGCCGGGAGGCCGGCGAGAGCAGCAGCCUGGCCGCGACGGUGUCGGCUUUCGCGGCGCUCCCCAGUCUGCGCCAUCUGCCUUCAAACAGCUCCAGCUCGGCCGAGUACCAGCGUCGCGUCCUCGACUCGCUGCGGCUCCGGUUGCAGGACCUGGUCGCCUUCCUGCACCCGGACGGCUCCUUUGGGGAUCACAAGAGCCACGGCAGUCACAGGAGCACGGUGGCGGUGCUGGAGCUGCUCACCGAGGCCCAGGCGUACUUCUCGGUGGACGCGGAGCUGGUCGCGGCCACCAAGCGCUGGGUCCAGUCGCGCCAGGACGCGGACGGAAGCUUCGCGCCGCCGCUCGCCGACCUCCGGGACGGUGCCGAGGACGUGUCGCCCGCCCCCACGGGUUCCACGACCACCACGACGCAGGCCCCCGACGACGCUGCGACCAGCAACGCGUCAACGCCCGCGUCCCUGGAACUAGAGCAGCGCAUCGAGACGACGGCGGAGACCCUUGUGACGCUGCUGGAGGUUGGAGUCGAGAACGAUCGUGACUCUGAGGCCGUGGUUCGCGCACGCUACUUCCUGGAGCGCCACCUGUACGCGCCCCGCGGCCCCGUCGCCCUGGCGGCGCUCUGCCUCGCCCUGGUGCGGUCCCGCUCCGACGUGGCCGGCGCCGCGCUCGCCCGCAUGCGCGCAGCCUCCGUCAACCAGGAGGGCGACUUCUCUUGGCCCGUCGAGCAGACUCUGCAGAUCGGGGCCUGGCUCGCCGACGACACUCCCCCGCAGGACUCAUCCCACCGACGCGAACCUCUGCGCCUGAACGUGGGCGAGUUCCGCGCUUCGCUGUACGCCCUGCUGACUCACUGCUACCGCCGGGACCUGAGCGCGGCGGAGCCAGUGGCGAGGUACCUGUUCUACCGAGCGCACCUGCUCGACAUCCACCCCGAGCUCACCUACCUGUCGGUCAAGGCCUUCUCCGCCUUCGGCCAGCUGGCGCGCGACGAGCACCGCGCGCUCACCGUGUCACUCGCCACCUCGGGCAUGGAGCUCACCGACACGCUGGAGCUGCGGCCCGGCUCGCCGCCCGCCUCGCUCGUGCUGCCCAGCCUGCCCACCAAGGUGUUCGUGUACGCGACGGGCGCGGGCUGCGCCACGGUGCAGGGCCUGGUGCAGUACUCCACCUACCUGCCGCGCAGCAGCACGCCGCUGCUCGACCUGUGGGCGGGCGUCGAGGGGGAGAUCCCGCCGCCCAGGAACUCUCUGGAGGAGCUCGAGGGCAAGCAGCCCAUCCUGCGGCUCAAGGCGUGCUUCCGCUGGAAGGGGCAGCGUCCGUCCGGUGUGCUGCGCCUCGACGUGACGCUCUUCUCGGGCUUCGAGCUGCUCGCCAUGAACGGCAUCUCGGUGGAGGACACGGGCAACGAGACGGACGUGCACCACGGCGCGCGCGGCGACCGCGUGUGGGUCGUGCUCAACGACGUGAGCGCGCGGUGCGCCGUGUGCGUCCACUUCGCCGCGCGCUCGUCGCACGUCAUCUCCGGACUGCGGCCCGCCUUCGCGCGCGUGUACCCGUCCGCCCGCUCCGACCUGGCCGCCGAGACCUUCUUCCACACUCACCGCGGGAGCAGCCUGCUGGCCGGCAUCACUGAGGACGACAUCGUCACGUGGUUCGGAAGAUCGGAGGACGCCGGCGAGGUUCAGAUGAGCUCCAACUUUAACGGUAUCUGCGAGUGCGGCAAAAAGUGCUCGAGCGACGCUCAGCCUUCAGCACCUGCGUCACCGGCACCCUCGCGCUCCAGACCCAUCGACGCGGUGACAGUCGCCACGUCGACGGAGGAGAGCGUGACUGCCUCGACAACAACCGCAGAGGAGGUGUCCACCAGCACGGUUGAGACGGACAGCCCCACUACCUCAGCCGCCUCCAGCGCGGUGCCCACAACCAUCACCACCACCGCCACCAUGACCACGAGCGCCACUUCCACGACAUCCACCACCACCACAACUGCAACAACUUCUGCACCCGCUAUCCAGCCGCCGGUCGUGGUGUCUGCACUUCCGGAUCUUCACUACGAAAUCAACCGCCCGCACUCGCAGCAGCCCGAACAGCAGCAGCCGAUCCCUGUAGAGCUGCAGCUGCUCCCGGACGCGAAGCCCUCCUCCCCGCCCACGGCCCCGAGGCCGCAGGUGUUGAGCAGGAGCAGGGCGGCCGUGGCGCACCUGACCUCCACCACGAUCCGCGCCCCGCUCAGGGACCUGAAGGGCAAGAGCGUCCCGGCGAGCCUGCACCACCACCACGCGGCCCCGCAGCCUCCCGUCGCGCCGCAACCCCAGGCCACGCCACAGCCCCACGCCGCUCCACAAGCCCACCCCGCCCUGUCAGCCCCCGCUGCAUUGCCACCUCACCCUGCCCCGCCAACCCACUCGGUCCCGCAACUCCACUCCACACUCCAGCCCCAUGCAUCACCGCAGUCCCACGUCGCCCAGCAGCCCCACACUGCCACGCAACCUCACGUGUCGCAGCAGCCCCACGCUGCCCAGCAACGUCCCCAACAGCCUCCAGCUGCUCCUCUCCGCGCAGGGCCCGACGCCAAGCCCACCGUGUCGGUUGCGUCCACUCCGCGCACCACAUCGACAUCACCCUCCCCCUCCACGACGCUAGCCGCCCAGCGCAGAGCCGACACCGCCGGGACGCAGGCGCCGACAUCAAAGGCGUCGUCGUCGGUGAACGAGCCUCGCAAAGCCAAGAAGAUGGGCAAAGUCGGUAAGAAGGUGGCCGCUGGAGGCGAUGGCGCCAAGAAGUCUGAGGGCAAAACGCCGGACAUUGCCAGGCAAACGCACUCGGUGGCCAUCAACACGCCCGUGCAGGCCAGGGCGGGCCCUGAGAUGACGACGGGGGAGCCUCCAGCUCGAGGCCCGCAGGCCCUGGAGCACGGGCAAGGUGCUGGCGCGGGGGUGGCGGCCGCCGAGCACAACCCCCUGUGGGGUCUGCUCAGGGAGGUCGUCGGCCCGGAGGACGGCAACACAGCGGACGCUGAGGUGAUGCCGAGCACGAUAAGCGAGGAGACUAAAGACGAGGAACAGCAGGACGAGGAUGAAGAAAAGUUGUCUUUCGACUGAGGGGAGAAAGGCUGUGGAAUUGCAACGCAGCGGUGGAAGUGGAAGUGAGAGGAAAACAGCCAUGAUUUGAGAAUCCAGAACGCAUCACUUGAUGUUUGAGUGACACUGUCCCCUUUUCCCCCUGAUUGCAAUAUUCUACUUGCCAAAUAAAAUGGAAACUUUCGCUCAAACUGUAAAUGGAAUUAUUUAGUGUACAGAGAAGAUGUUUUUUUAAGCUGCACUGUGAACAACAAAUUAUUGUUUUAUACCAUAUAUGUGUAAAUGAUAGCAGAAGAGGGAGUCCAGUUAAAAUGUUCUGUAAUUCAGCACCUUUAACUUAAAACAAUUGUACAAUACUAAGUUGGUUUCUUGUUUUACGAAAGCUUUAACAAAUUGAGUACAAUGAACUAGUAGCUAUUUGUACACUAUUUGAAGAUCACAUCUCAGAUUCUUUGCCUCAACAGACAACCAUUAAGUUCUGGUGAACCCCUUUAAAUGCCCUAGUCUUUGACAAUUUUAGUCAUAAUUAAUCAUUUGCCAGCUUUUCAUUAAGGGCUGCAGUUCACUUUUAUUUGCUCCAUAUUUUUCAGUUUAUCUGGUGGGGUUUUGCAUAUAUUUUCCCAAAAACUUCUGCUGAAAAUCCCUACUGUUAAAAUUUAGUAUUAAUGUCAAAUAUCGCAAAACGUCCUUUUCCCUGCCUGUAUGGCAUUGGAUCAUAAGCAAUAUUCUGCCAUUCGCAGAUGCAUUUAGGGAGAUAUGAUGUGCGUAGUUAAUUUAAAAUGGUGUGUGAAUGUGGAAUGAAUGUACUGACUUUAAAUGUGUUAGUGUUAACCCUCUAAGAAUUUUAUUUGUUGGUUGUGUCUCUAUAAUAUAAUCAAGUUGGUACCACAGAAUGCCAUCUUGCCUGGACUGAAAUGGGUACGUUUGUGAUUAUGAAUAGAAGAAAUUUUUAGAAUUACCUGGCUUACAGUUAAAUGUUGCUUGUUUAAUAUCUAAAAAAAAAAAGUUAUGA